AUGGAUUCGAAGUUGUAUCUGGCUGAAAAUGUGCUCAAUGAGCGGCGUCUUGUCACGUAUCGCUUAUUGAGCCGCGCGUUGAAAGUACACGCCGAUCGGGCCAAACAUAUCCUGUUUGAAUUCCAUCGCAAUGAGAACGCGAAGAAGCCAAAAACCGUCCACGCAACCUACGUCAUCUCCGGUAUCCAGAAAGCGCCCGAACCGACCCCUACGAACGGCCAUGCGGACGAUGAAGAUGAAAUGAUGCAGAGUAGUCCCUACUCGACCGGCUCGUUGCCGGACGAGGAUGCCUCAGACUCAAUUCGCACUACCUCUAUUAUAUUAGCACGCGAGGAAGACCUUGAAGAUGCGAAAGCAACAUUCCAGUCGAUAUCUACAAUUCAUGUCUACAGUCUUGAGGCUACAACUCUCCCGGAUUUGAAUGUGUUGGUUGAUGCCAGUCGGGAGAUUGCGAGGACACACGAGCAGGAGGAUCCAUUGGAGUGUGGCAAGCAAUGGGGUAUGAUUCAAAAUCGAGAUGUCAGGCGGAGGACUGGCGCGCACCCACCACCACCACCUGCAGCCCCAUCUGCGAAGGCGCCGGCUGGCAAGGCAUUGAAGCCUUCGACUGAGUCAAUGGUACCCUCUAAACGGCCACUGCAGCAAGAAGCAUCUCCAGCGAAAGCGGAAGCUACUAAGUUGGACAAACCGAUGUCUGAGCCACCCUCUGCUACCAACUCCCAGUCAUCCUCGAAGCCUUCGGGUAAAGCUGCGCCGGCCAAGCAGAAAGGCAAUAUUUUCAGUUCUUUCGCCAAGGCAAAGCCAAAGACAAAGACGCCAGCCCCCGCAGAACCGGCCACACCUCUUGCAGAAGAUGCCUCUGAAGAAGAAGCAGAAGAAUUGUUCCCUGAUUCCACCGAUAAAGUAGCAGCAGGAACCCGCGAAAACAGGAAAGAGCGCGAGGAAAAGCUCAAGAAGAUGAUGGACGAUGAUGAUGACGAGGCUGCCGAUGAGGAAAUGCCUGAUGCCGAUGAGGAGCCACGGGAGCCCACGCCUGUUGAGCAACCGCCACCAUCCAAGCCAGCUGAACUUAAAGAAGAAGUGACUAUACAGGGCGGGCGGCGGCGAGGCAAGCGGCAAGUAAUGAAGAAGAAGACGGUCAAGGAUGAAGAAGGAUACUUAGUUACCCGGGAAGAGGCGACGUGGGAGUCUUUCUCCGAGGAUGAGCCGGUGCCUAAGAAGAAGCCUGCGGUCAAUGUUCCCAAAGGGAAGGCUGGCAAAGCUGCGGGGCAGGGUAAUAUCAUGUCGUUCUUUGGGAAGAAGUGA